AAAUUGUGUGUCUCCGUCUGUCUGUCCCAGGUGAUGCCCUCGACAUAGCGGACCUGACCUUGGUGAACCCUGACCCCAUGGUGACAUCAUCAGACUCCUCCCUCCAUUGUGUCAGCAGUGACUGGACCUCCCGGCAGGACGUUGUUACAUCCAGCUCCAGCAGUACCCUGGGUAUGGGCCGUGACUUCCCCCUGACCCACCCCCAGAGCCUGCCCGUCAGCCCUGAUACAGCCUACCACCAUGCCUCUAAGAUUGAAUGGAAAACUCGAAGUGAUAUCUUUGGGGAGUUCUACUGCAGGGCCAGAAAGAGUGACAAAAAUCAGAUAUAUACUUAUAAGAUGCUGAAUGAAGCUGCAUUCCUGCCAGAGUCCCUGACCAUCACAGUCAGCAUAGGAGAAGAUGUCAACAUCUCUUUCACACGCAGGAAAGUGUUUGCAGAGGACGCAGUCAUCUAUAAGAAUGGCUCCUUCAUCCACUCAGUGCCUAAGAAUGAGAUCCCAGACAUCCUGGUGUACCCCGUCCUUGGAGUGAAGUCCUCAGACGCAGGACUCUACACAGCCAGGUCCAUCGCUGGAGCCAAGUCCACAUCAGCCAUCACCAGGCUCAUUGUCAGAAAAUGUAAGCCUGGCCUGUGGGGUCCUAGCUGUGAACACAGCUGUCCUCGGUGCUCCAACGGAGGGGUCUGUCAUGACGAGACAGGAGAGUGUAUCUGUCCACCCGGUUUCAAGGGACACACCUGUGAAACUGUGUGUGGCGAGGGUAAGUUUGGGAGGACGUGUAAAGAGUGGUGUAGAGAUGGAUACUGCAGGGCCAUGGUGUUCUGUCAGAGAGACCCAUACGGCUGCUCCUGUGGUACUGGCUGGAGAGGAUUCAACUGUAGUGAAGCUUGUUCUCCGGGGUUCUACGGAGCUGACUGCAGGCUGACGUGUGAAUGUGGAGACAAGGGACACUGCGACCGGUUCCGUGGCUGUGUCUGUGUGGGACGACACGGUUCCCGCUGUGAGAAAGAAGACAGGGCACCUGUCGUAGUCAGUAACCUCAUGGAUACAGAAUUGAAUGCUGGGGUUCAGUACAUUGUCAACUGUAGCGCCACGGGUCAACCAGCUCCUCUACACAGUGAGAUCAUCCUACUCAAACCAGGAAAAACCAGAAUAUAUGCAUUUGACACUGAUAUGGUGAAUGACCAGACCACGUCUAAGUUCAGGGUGGAUAAGAUCACUGAGAGAGAUACUGGUUGUUGGAUCUGUCAGGUGAAAACUACAGCUGGACAGGCAGAGAGAGAGUUCAUGGUCAACGUCAAAGUCCCUCCGAUGCCCCAGUAUCCUCCCAUGUUGAAUGGUAGUGGUCCGUAUCACCUGGUUGUGCUGGUCAACAAGGAGCCGUACACAGGAGACGGACCGGUGACCUCUGUCAAGGUCAUCUACAAGCAGGUCAAUACCUCUGUAUGGAAGACCAUUGAAGCUAAUGUCAUGGAGCUUGUGCCUGUGUGGAGAAGCGCCAUUCGCGGAUGGCGGCGCCCUGGUGGGGCGGGGUUCUCAGGUCCAGAGGCCAGCUUCUCCACACAGAUGCUUGACCUCCCGCUCCCCUCGGGGGUGAGGCUGGUCCCUGAAUCCCAGACCUCCCUGGGUCUGUCCUGGGACCGUGUGAUGGGGCCUGGGUCGGCUACGGAGGACUGGACCUACCAGGUGGAGUGUGUUCAGAGCUCGGACCCCGGGACCAUUAAGACCUACCAGCUCCCAUCCAACUCCACUGGUCUCAAGUUGCCAGACUUGAAGCCCAGACACAAGUAUGAGUGUAGAGUGAGGAUAAUGACGGUGUCAAUGGGACAACACAGCCAGCCUGUCUCUGCAUGGACACUCAGUAAUGAGUUGCCCCCGGCUCCGUCCGCCAUCAGGAGCUGCAACAUAACAGACACCUCAGCCAUCAUUACCUGGUCUCUGGCCGAGGGUCACUCCAUCUCCAAGGUGAUGCUGCGUUUCCAAGACAACACCCUGGCCGACUACAGCCAGCUGGCAGAGAUCAACAUUCCUCAGCAGACGGAGGAGCUACAGGGUCAGGUAGCCAAUCAGAUGCAGUUCCAGCUGCGUGGUCUGAAACCUGACACUCCGUACCUGGUGGAGAUCUGGUCCAAGAACAACAUGGGAGAGAGUCUAGAGAAACCUCAGAUCCCCCUCCGGACCAUGACGCUGCAGGAGAGCUCUCGUCUGGCUGGGCUUGGCAGCGAUGGUAACAUGUUGUUCUACGCCAUCCUUGGUUCAGCUGGCAUGACCUGCAUCACCAUCCUACUGGCGUUCUGUAUCGUCCUGCAGCUGAAGAAGCACCUUCCAGCGUCGUAUGGUCCAGGCCUUCCAGAAUAUAGUGAGCAGUCCGUGGCCUAUCCCACCCUGGAGUGGAGCGACAUCAAGUUCCAGGACGUCAUCGGAGAGGGAAACUUUGAGGUGCUCAAAGCUCGCAUUAAAAAGGACGGGCUGAGGAUGGACGCUGCUAUUAAACGCAUGAAAGAGUAUGCCUCUAAAGAUGACCACAGGGACUUUGCAGGGGAGCUGGAGGUGCUGUGUAAACUAGGACACCCCAACAUCAUCAACCUACUGGGAGCCUGUGAACACAGAGGCUAUCUGUACCUGGCCAUAGAGUUCGCCCCUCACGGCAACCUGUUGGACUUCCUGAGGAAGAGCAGAGUGUUGGAGACCGACCCGGCCUUCGCUAUCGCUAACAGCACCGCCUCCACCCUCACCUCACAACAGCUGCUGCACUUUGCUGCCGACGUGGCCCGGGGCAUGGACUACCUGGCUCAGAAAACAGGUCAGUACUGGAGACGUGGCUCGAGGCAUGGACUACCUGGCUCAGAAACAGGUCAGUACUGGGAGACGUGGCCCGGGGCAUGGACUACCUGGCUCAGAAACAGGUCAGUACUGGAGACGUGGCCCGAGAAACAGGUCAGUACUGGAGACGUGGCCCGGGCAUGGACUACCUGGUCAGAAACAGGUCAGUACUGGAGACGUGGCCCGGGCAUGGACUACCUGGCUCAGAAACAGGUCAGUACUGAGACGUGGCCCGGGCAUGGACUACCUGGCUCAGAAACAGGUCAGUACUGGAGACGUGGCCGUGGCAUGGACUACCUGGCUCAGAAACAGGUCAGUACUGGAGACGUGGCCCGAGGUAUAGACUACCUGGCUCAGAAACAGGUCAGUACUGGAGACGUGGCCCGAGGUCUGGCUGGGCUUGGCAGCGAUGGUAACAUGUUGUUCUACGCCAUCCUUGGUUCAGCUGGCAUGACCUGCAUCACCAUCCUACUGGCGUUCUGUAUCGUCCUGCAGCUGAAGAGAGCCACCUUCCAGCGUCGUAUGGUCCAGGCCUUCCAGAAUAUAGUGAGAGAGGAGCCAGUGGUCCAGUUCAGUUCUGGCUCUCUCAACCUGCCCAGUAGGAAACAUAAGAACCCAGAGCAGUCCGUGGCCUACCCCACCCUGGACUGGAGCGACAUCAAGUUCCAGGACGUCAUCGGAGAGGGAAACUUUGGCCAGGUGCUCAAAGCUCGCAUUAAAAAGGACGGGCUGAGGAUGGACGCUGCUAUUAAACGCAUGAAAGGAACUGUUGGACUUCCUGAGGAAGAGCAGAGUGUUGGAGACGACCCGGCUUCGCUAUCGUCUAACAGACCGCCUCACCUCACCUCACAACAGCUGCUGCACUUUGGCUGGAACGUGGCCCGGGGCAUGGAUACCUGGCUCAGAAAGGUCAGUACUGGGACGUGGCUCGAGGCAUGGACCUGGCUCAGAAAAGGUCAGUACUGGAGACGUGGCCGGGGCAUGGACUACCUGGCUACAGAACAGGUCAGUACUGGAGACGUGGCGAGGCAUGACUACCUGGCUCAGAAAACGGUCAGUACUGGAGACGUGGCCGUGCAUGAGACUAACUGGCUCAGAAACAGGUCAGUACUGGAGAGUGGCGGAGGCAUGGACUACUGGUCAGAACAGGUCAGUACGGGAGACGUGGCCAGGCAUAGACUACCUGCUCAGAAAACGGUCAGUACUGAAGACGUGGCCCGAGGCAUCGACUACCUGGCUCAGAAACAGGUCAGUACUGGAGACGUGGCCCGAGGCACGACUAUGGCUCAGAAACAGGUCAGUACUGGAGACGUGGCCCGAGGCAUAGACUACCUGGCUCAGAAACAGAGACCUGGCAAGCCAGAAACAUUUGGUGGAGAGAACUUUGUGCCAGAUAGCCGACUUGGUCUGUCCAGAGGUCAGGAGUCUAUCGUCCGUGUGUGUACAUACUGUGUGUGCGUCUUAUCAUGUAGAGUGUAUUUUGUGUUGAACCUGUGUAAUCAGCGAGUAUCGUACUGUGGGAUGACGUGUGCAGAGCUGUGAAAACUCCCUCAGAGCUACCGGCUGGAGAAACACAUCAACUGUGACGAUGAGGUGUAUGACCUUAUGCGUCAGUGCUGGAGAGAAAAGCCCUACGAAAGACCAUCGUUCCAACAGAUACUGGUCUCUCUCAACAGGAUGCUGGAGGAGAGGAAGACAUAUGUCAACACCACCCUGUAUGAGAAGUUCACCUAUGCUGGUAUCGACUGCUCRGCAGAAGAAGCUGGAUAACCUUGUGCUAAACCAAAAAACGACAGUACGAAGUAUUCCCACUACCACUGCGUUGUACGGAGAAUUAUAAAGUUACAUGGUUUAAGAAAUCCUCUUACAAGGGAUUCACAGACUAGUAUUUUGCGCAUAUUGUGUAUUCCAAGUUAUGUGCUAACUUUGUCCAAUCAUAAAACUGACUUUCAAAACGGUAA